AAUGGAAACUGACCCUAGUACCUUCUUUCUUCAUCCACGCUCUGCUGCUUCUUCAUUUUAUUCGAUUCUUCCUUUAUUAAUCAAUCUUUUAGCUCCCUAACUUCAAUUUUCUUCUUAGGAUAACCCCUUGUUUUUCAGGAUGGAGGGUCCGGUAUGUCAAGUAGCCUGGGGAUGCUAUGUUCUAUUGGCUAUUUCCAUUGGGGCCCAUUGUGCCAUGUCUAGUGAUAAUUUAGCAUGUCCAUCGACUUCGGACCUGCGAACUCAGCCCGUGGCUGCCCUUGAUAAGGAGGGCAUUGGACCUGCGAUGACGUCUAUACCAAUGAUUGCUUGUUCAACUUCUCUGUCUGAGCACCACUCGGGUGGAAGUGGGACCAACAAGAACAAACAAAUGGUGGAGCAGUUGCAGCGAUAUGGAGUGAUUUCAUCAAAGAAGGUUGUUGAAGUAAUGGAGACUAUUGAUAGAGCAUUAUUUGUACCUGAUGGGACCCCAGCUUAUGUCGAUAGUCCAAUGGCAAUAGGUUACAAUGCCACCAUUUCUGCACCUCAUAUGCAUGCUACCUGCCUUCAGUUAUUGGAGGAAAAUUUGCAGCCCGGCAUGCAUGCGUUAGACGUUGGUUCAGGAACGGGGUACUUGACUGCUUGUUUUGCAACAAUGGUUGGACCACAGGGUCGUGCUAUUGGUGUGGAACAUAUUCCUGAAUUGGUUGCUUCUUCUAUAAAAAAUAUUGAAAAAAGUGCUGCGGCUUCGCUAUUGAAAGGAGGUUCUCUUUCAGUGCAUGCUGGCGAUGGCCGAGAAGGUUGGCCGGAACAUGCACCCUAUGAUGCUAUACAUGUUGGAGCAGCAGCACCAGAAAUACCUCAGCCCCUUAUUGAUCAAUUGAAGCCCGGCGGUAGAAUGGUGAUCCCUGUAGGAAAAAUAUUCCAAGAUUUGCAAGUGGUGGACAAGAAUUUGGAUGGUUCGGUUAGCAUUAGAAGCGAGACUGCUGUUCGAUACGUACCUUUGACCAGUCGCGAUGCACAGUUGAAGGGUUAUUGAGCUCAGGUAAGUACCUUAUUUUCAGGUGGUUCCUGUUAUUGAAUCCAGUAUUGUACGGAAUAUCGGAGUUUUUUUUUUUUUCGGACUUGCACCGUUGUAUAAAUGGCAUGCUUUUCAUAUGUUUGAACUUGGAACAUAAUGAAAAUGCUUCCUGGAAGCAAUCCAUGGCACAGUGAAAGAUGAUUAUAUGAAUCUGUUUUGGUUUUUCUUUCUGUUUUCCAACAA